AUGACUUCCUCUGAUGAUUCCCCGAUGGAUACCAAGGCCCAUUUGACGGAAACGAACCUAGAAUAUGCCAUUCCUACAACCACCAAGUCAUGGUUCCGAACACCCCAUCUGUUGCAGCUGAACAUCUGUGUUGGAAUUGUUUUGAUCUCGUCUACCACGAUGGGGUUCGACGGAUCAAUGAUGAACGGACUGCAAAGUCUUGACACCUGGUUCACCUAUUUCGGGUCCCCAGAUGCCACAUGGCUUGGUUUGAUGAAUGCUGUUAUGCCCCUUGGAGUCAUUGUCUUGUCUAUUCCAGCUGGUUGGAUGUCCGACGCCAUUGGUCGGCGUUACACAAUGAUGUGUGGUAUUGUCGUUCUCGUCGCGGCAGCUGCGAUGCAAGCAGCUUCCCAUAACAUCGCAACAUUCAUUGUAGCGAGGUUCUUCGUCGGCGCAGGAAUCGAGCUAUCCUGCGUCCCAGCCCCCGUCCUGAUUACCGAAAUCGCAUACCCUACCCACCGAGGGAAAGCAACCAGCUUAUUCCAAACCUGCUUCUUCCUUGGAGCCAUUGCAUCUAGCUGGUGCACAUUUGGUACUUUCAACAUGACGAAUUCGACCUGGAGCUGGCGCAUUCCAUCUGCCCUGCAGGCGUUUUUCCCAGUUGUCCAGUUUAUGGGCCUGUGGUUUGUGCCCGAGUCUCCUCGUUGGUUAAUUGGCAAGGGUAGACACGAGGAGGCCCGUGCAUUUUUGCUCAAGUAUUAUGCCGGGGGUGAUGAAAGCAACCCCAUCGUCGAUCAUGAAUACCAAGAGAUAUCAUCGCGCAUUGAGGCUGAGCAGGCCGCGGCUGGAAUGGGAUGGUCGUCGCUCUGGCAAACUACUGCGGAUCGAAAGCGAUUGGCUAUUACCGCGUUCACAGCAUUCAUCUCCCAGUGGGCUGGCAAUGGUAUCAUCACCUACUAUUUGUCCCUCGUUCUCGAUUCGGUUGGCAUCAAGGACUCUUUCACAAAGACUCUGAUCAACGGAAUCCUCCAAAUCUUCAACUACAUCGUCGCCAUCUGUGGAGCCCUUCUGGUAGACCGCGUAGGUCGUCGACGUCUCUGGAUCUUCUCCGCGAUUGGCAUGCUGGUGACCUAUAGCAUUUUCACGGCAUGCUCAGCAGUGUUUGCGGAGACUGAGAACCACACAGUUGCUAUGGUGGUAAUUGUAUUUAUUUUCCUGUACUAUUUCUGCUACGAUAUUGCUGUUACGCCCCUCACGUUUGCCUACCCCGCUGAGAUUCUUCCCUUUCAUGCUCGGCAAAAGGGAAUGGCCGUAUGUAAUCUUUGCAAUGGUCUAGCUCUCAUGUUCAACUCAUUCGUCAACCCAAUCGCCUUGGAAGCGAUUGCUUGGAAGUACUAUAUCGUUUACAUUGUCCUUCUGUUCUUCAUUACGAUCGUCGUUUAUCUGUUCUAUGCAGAGACGAAGGGCUACACUUUGGAAGAGAUAGCGGAUGUUUUUGAAGGGCCCGCUAUUGUUGCUGGGCGGUUUCGUCGGCCCAGCAGUCCGAGGCAUGAGCACCCGGUGGACGUGAAAGAGGCUCCGGUGUCUAUGAUUGAAGACAUAUCCAAUUAA